AGCAAAAUCGGUUGAUUACCCAAGGUACAAGAUGCUCACGCCAGAAUAAGCCUGAAGCUCGCAAGCCUUGAAGUAUGCCUGCUGAUCCGGGCAUCAGCAUCAUGGAAACGUCAGAACCACUUUGCCAUGGAACGUCAAUUUGACGUUGCAGUUAGGUGAUAGUGGCAUAUAACGGCGCCUGAAGGAAGACCAGACAAUUUUGACAUGAGCCAUCAAACAUAAGUGUAUCUAUCCCGAAAAACUACAUUUACGACGAUGCCGACCAAAUUUAAGCUCAACACUGGUGCUGAGAUCCCGGCCAUUGGAUUCGGAACCUGGCAAGACGCAGGGUCCCAGGAGAACGCUGUCGCAGAGGCCAUCAGGGCAGGAUAUCGCCAUAUUGACACUGCUCAGGCAUACGGAACCGAAGAACCCAUCGGAAAAGCCAUUCGAUCCAGCGGCAUCCCUCGCAAUGAGCUUUUUGUAACAACAAAGCUCUGGAACAAUGCACACCACCCUGACGACGUCCCCAAGUCUCUACAGGGCUCUCUCGAUCGCCUUGGUUUGGACUACGUUGAUCUACUGCUGAUCCACUGGCCGGUAGCAUGGAAGCGAGGCGAAGAGCCCUUCCCCAAGGACUCGAGUGGCAAGCCAAUUCUCGAGAACGUUGACUGGCUUGACACAUACAAGGCAAUGGAAAAACUCGUCUCCACCGGCAAAGUAAAAGCCAUCGGCGUCUCCAACUUCAGCAAAGCCGAAAUCGAACGUCUCAUCCAAAACGCCACUAUCCAGCCCGCCGUGCACCAAUUCGAAGGCCACCCGUGGCUGCAGCAGCGCACCUUUGCCGACUGGCACAAGUCCAAGGGCAUCCAUGUCACGCAUUACUCGCCGUUCGGGAACCAGAACGAAUUGUACUCGAGAGCCGGACAUCUGGGUAAAUUGAUCGAUGAGCCUAUCUUAGGGGAGAUUGGGAAAAAGCAUGGGAAGAAUUCUGCGCAGACUGCUUUGGCCUGGGCUAUCACGGACGGUCACUCCGUUCUCCCCAAGUCCAAGACUCCCUCAAGAAUCAAGACGAACUUCGAAGGUGACUUUAGAUUGGACGAGGAUGAUAUGGAAAAGAUUCAUCAAAUUGACCGCAAGCUGCGGUUCAAUGACAGCAGUGGGGAAUUUGGUCGGGACUUUUUCCAGGACCUUGAGGGUACUUCUGUUUAGGUAUUGGGAGGUGUAUUUUAAUGUAAUAUUAACGGUAGCGCC